AUGAGCCAUCAGCUAGAUCACAUUUCAGACAAGUUGAACCCUUCAAAUCAGAUGGGUUUUGGAUCAGGCGCUUCCUUACAUGACUCUUCAAUGCAACAAGUAUCUAUUCCCAGCAUACAAAUGGGAAUGGCAGGCUCAUGUCCCAGUGAUGCAGCUUCACAGCAUACAUUAGUUUCUACAGGAAUCGGAACUACUGUAGUUAGCAACGCCAAACAAGAGGUUAAACAGCUUGAUCCAUAUGCAGCUUCGCAGCAGACAUCAAUCUCUACAGGAUAUGGAACCACAGUAGUCAGCAACAGCAAACCAGAGACUAAACAGAUCGAUCCAUUUUCCUAUAAUAUGACAUCUGGGAACUUCCUGAUAACUGAUACGAAGCCCAGUGCCAUGGGGUCCAUGUUGCAGGAUAUGGAACCACAGCAGUUAGCAACAUCGAACAAGAGAAAGGCACCAAUGGGAGCUGCUGUAUCUCAGAACCCUGUGCCCCAGAGAUUUACAGCUCCCAAGCGGUUUACUCUGAAUGAACAUAGGCCAUGGAUGCAGCCAAUAAUGCCUAUAACAAAUAAACCACCUGUUCAGAUGCAGUCUACUUCUUACACCCCGUCAUCCCAGCAACUACAAGGGCCUUCUAGAAAGACUGCACCUACUAAAACUGGGACACAGAGUACAACAUCUGUGCAGAGAAGUCAAUCUGGUCAGAUGAAACCACCCCCGAAAGUAAAGAGUGAUUCAGUUGAUUCUGUUAGGUCCAAGUUGAGAGAAUCAUUAACUGCUGCACUCGCUCUGGUGCAAGAUAAGGCACUUGAUGGUGGAAAAGACAAGAGUCGAGCCAUACGUUUGUCGCCAGAACUGCCAUCCAGUUCUAACUGUACCAAUAUAUCUUCAGAACCAAAGGUUUCUUUUCCAGAGAACGGCAACAUUCACAACACAAAGCAAGAGGUUGACUUAGUACAGAACUCACAGACUGGUAUGCAGGAACAUCUACCAGGGAAUGCGUUUAGCAUUGAUGAUAUUCCAUUUAGUGACAACUUUUUUGUGAAAGAUGACCUUCUUCAGGGUAAUGGACUCUCGUGGGUACUAGAUUCCGAAAUGGAGUUGAUAGAUGAAAGCAGCAUUGGUCCAAACCCGCCAGAUCAAGAUGGUGGUUCUAAGCUGGUCCAGAAUCCUGAAAUUUUGGCAUCUGAGAUCGAAGGUGAACUCUUCAAGUUGUUUGGAGGAGUGAAUAAAAAGUACAAAGAGAAAGGCAGGUCUCUUUUGUUCAACUUGAAGGAUCGUAACAACCCAGAAUUGAGAGAAAGAGUCAUGUGUGGUGAAAUCUCCCCAGAGAGGUUAUGCUCCAUGACUGCUGAGGAACUUGCUUCGAAGGAGCUUGCUGAAUGGCGUAUGGCAAAAGCAGAAGAGCUUGCCCAGAUGGUUGUUUUACCAGACUCAGAUGUUGAUAUCAGAAAGCUUGUGAGGAAAACACAUAAAGGUGAGUUCCAAGUUGAGGAUGAACAUGAUAGGGAUGUCGUCUCAGCGGAGGAUGCUGUUGGGACAAAUUUCCUCAGUCAGCCGCAGCAACAAGCCAAAUUGAAUGAAAAAGAAUCAUCUCCUCCAUCGAAGGGCGAGAAAACAAAUGACCGAGAAAUAAACAGACAGGGCCAGGAUGCUUCUUACACUCGCACUAUUCCUUCUACUACUGAAGGAUCUGAUUUUAUGCCAGGGCUUGUGGUGGAUGAUGAGCUCAAAGAUGCCACAUUUCUUCCUCCAAUUGUUUCCCUUGAUGAGUUCAUGGAAUCACUCGACGCAGAGCCUCAAUUCCAACGCUUGCCAGGGGAUGCUGGAAAGCAAACAACCCCAGAAAAGGAUGAUGAUUCACAGAUUGGCUCGGAGACCAAGUCUCCUGUUGCCACUCCAAAAGAUCCUGCGGUCAGUUCUCCUUAUAAGGCCAGAAAUGAUCUGGAAAAUGUGAGUUCGGAUGCUGCUGAGGAACCCAGCAAGGAUGAUCUUGUGAAAUCAGAUGCUGCCCCACCUCCUGCUGUUGAUGCUGUGAUUAAAGGCGAACGUGUCUGGGAGGGCUCAGUGCAGCUCAAUGUUUCAGUUAUGGUGUCAUUCGUAGGCAUCUUUAAAAGCGGGGAGAAAACACCAUCGAAGGAUUGGCCUAACUCUAUCGAGAUAAAGGGGCGAGUGAAGCUUGAAGCAUUUGAGAAGUUCCUGAAAGAGCUCCCAAUGUCCAGGACUCGUGCUGUUAUGGCGGUUCACUUUGUGUGCAGGGAAGGAUCGACUGAAAGUGACAAAGCAAACGUUGUCGAGGUCGCAGAGUCUUAUGUAGUAGACGAAAGAGUAGGUUUCGCGGAGCCAGCUUCUGGAGUAGAGCUCUACUUAUGCCCACCUCACUCAAGGAUAUGCGGCCUGCUGAGCAAGGUCCUCCCGCAGGACCAAAUGCACGCCCUAAAUCGUAUUGAGAAUGGCCUAAUUGGUGUUGUUGUAUGGAGAAAACCUCAAAUAAUAUCACCCCACCAUAAGCAUAGUACCAAAGACUCAUCGAAAAAGCAGCACUCAUCGUCGAAAAAUCGCAACCCAAAACACCACUCUGCUCUUCCUCAACACCUCCAUUCUAGGCCUCCACCAAUUAGUGUUGAUGUUGAUGAUGAUGAUGAUGUGCCACCUGGGUUUGGUCCUCCGUCAACGGUGACUGGAGGAUCAUCCCGGGACGAGGAUGACUUGCCUGAGUUCAAUUUCAGUAGUAAUGCAGCAAAUAGGCCGCCGGGUUUCCCGGGUGGUCGGAGUUUUCAGCCAUCGAACUCCCCUCGCGGUCCUGUUGUAGAUCAAAUGAGAGAUCUUGUACAUAGAUAUGGACAGCCCGGUGUGGGUUCUUCUCCCCUGAAAAACUGGGCAGAUAGUAGGGUUCCCGUACAAACAUGGAAAGACGACGACGAUGACGAUGAUAUGCCAGAGUGGCGGCCUGAUGAUGCCCAGCUUCGUCAGCCGGCGGGCAAUAUGGUUCAGCAGCCAGUUGUUCAAUUGAUGAACCCUAUUGUUCAUCAACAUACUGGUGCACUGCCGCCGCCGCAAUGGUGGCCCCAGCAACAACCGGGUGGUGGGUUGGCUGUCCCAGAUUUGGGGCCUCAUGGUGUGUAUCAGCAGCAGCAACAAUCUAAUGGAGGACAGCUUUAUGGCGGGCAGCAAUGGUCAAGAGAUGCAUCUAAAAGUAGAGGCUUUUAGCUUUUUCCCUUCAUUUCUGUAAAUAAAUUUGUUUCCUUUUGAUUCUAGAUAAGGUUUAGGAGACAGCAUAUCUGAGAUAUCCCUACUUUAGCUUCUGUUGCUCCUUUCUUUUCAUAACAUGGUUUCUCACUUCUCUAAACGUGUCGUAGCAAUGACACAAACUGCUCGCCGAGGUUUCCUUUUUUGGCCAUUCAAAAUUGUGCAAAAACAUAGGAAAUGUAGAAGAGCCUUUGUAUUAAGG